UGCAAAUAUUCAAAACAACUUUAGUUUCCCCCUUAGUCAAAUACUAUUAGGAUGUCAGCCGCUCGUCGCAUUUAUAAAGUUCUCGUCUCCCAUCCAGAAGUUCCCACACCCGUUCUCGAGUAUUUACGUCAACGCGGUUGUGAGACAAUCGUUUGUCAAAAUGUUCCCCCGGUACGUUCGGAUAUUUUACAAAAAUUACCCGGUGUAGAUGCCAUCUUUUGGGCACAUUAUCAACCUCUCAAUUCGGAAAUAUUAGAUGCUGCCGGUUCACAGCUAAAAGCGGUAUCAACAAUGUCAUCUGGCAUUGAUUAUGUUGAUGUGCCCGAGUUUAAAAGACGUCAAAUGCCAUUGGGUCAUACGCCAGGUAUAGUGAAAAAUUCCGUGGCAGAUUUAGCAAUUGGUCUGAUGAUAUCAGCUGGAAGAUUUUUCCAUGCGGGAAGACAAGAAAUUGAUAAUUCUUUGUGGAAAACUGAACGCAUCAAUUGGUUGAUGGGACAAGAAAUACGUGACUCUACUAUUGGUUUCUUAGGUUUCGGUGGUAUUGGCCAGGCCAUAGCCAAACGUCUACAGUGUUGGGACACUAGGAAAAUUAUCUAUCACACACGUACACCCAAAGCAAAUGAUAAAGAAUUAAACGCACAUCAUGUGACCUUUGAAGAACUUUUAAAGGAAAGUGAUUUUCUAGUAGUGGCAUGUCCUUUAACACCAGAAACCAAGGGGAAGUUUAAUGCAGAAGCUUUCGGACAAAUGAAGAAAAACUGUGUUUUUGUUAAUGUGGGCCGAGGAGGUAUUGUGGACCAAGCUGCUUUAUAUAAUGCUUUAAAAUCGGGGCAAAUAUUUUCAGCCGGUUUGGAUGUCAUGACACCAGAACCCUUGCCAGCCACAGAUCCUUUACUAACACUUCCUAAUUGCGUCAUCAUACCUCACUUGGGAACUCAAACAAUAAAGACUACCACCGAAAUGGGAAUGGUUGCCGCCAAUAACAUUUUAAAUGCCUUGGAAGGCAAACCCAUGAUUUCGCCAGCGUAUUAAAAUAAAACCAUAUUUUUAUCGUUAUGUAUUUAAUAAAGUAUCGUAAAGAAA